CUGCGAGCCUCAUUUAAGCAAGGCUCCCGCGCUUUCGCACUCUCUUCCCAUUCCAGAAGACAUCACAUCCGUCGUCGGAGGUAGACAAUCCUAUGACGCCAUCUUUGCAAGUUUCUGCAAAUUUCUCUAUUUUGAGGUAAUCGCCCAAUGGUAUGGAUGCCGCAAUGUGGGCUGCCGCCUCCGGCCCGGGCUUCGAUCCCACGGCGGCCUUGACGCAACAGUUCUCGGACCUGGGAUUUCACGAACAGGCGGCGCCGCCUCCACAACAGCAGAUUGCGUCACAGCAAGCCCCGGCUCAGGCUCCGGAUCCGGCACCGGCGCAUAUUACGGAGUUUGCAUCUGAACGCGCCGGUUACUCCGUGCAGCCUGCACUGUACGGUGUGGCUCAGGCCUCCGGUUGUCAAUCGCCCGCAGCGUUCUACUCUCGACCCAACCCCUGGAAACCGCCUCCGACCCGACCAAAACGUGCGUCUCUGUGGUUGAGGAAGGGGAAGAGAGUCUAUGCUUCCGACGAGAAGGGUUUGCCUUCAGACAGCGAAUUCGAGCCCCCACCCACGUCUCCCGUCACUGGCUGGGAUCCUUACGGGGAGCCAGAGUUUUCUACAGUCCAUCUUGAGGAGGAGGAAGUGCGAUUGGGUUCGGGUGCGCCGCCCAAGCCUUCACACUCCCUACUUAUGGCCUGCCCUUAUCUCAAAUACGACCCGUCGAAAUACAGCCAGAGAAGGGGCUGCCGAGGGGCGGCGUUUCCUACUACACAUCGCUUGAAAGAGCAUUUGCACAGAACUCACAGACAAAAGCCCAACUGCCCGCGUUGUCGAAGUAUCUUCAAAACCGAGGCCGAAGUUGGAGUCCACCUGAAAGCGAAGGCUCUGUGCGACGUCAUCCAAGGCGAAGGCCAGGUCGAGGGAUUUGACGCCGCUCAAGAGAAGCUACUCAAGAGCAAGAAGCGUAGAAAGGGCGUCAAGACGGAAGAGGAUAAGUGGAGAGAGAUCUUCAUAAUCCUCUUUCCCAAUCAUAAAGACGUACCAGAUCCAUUCUACAAGACACCUGUCAAUGACCAAACCGCCACAGAUCAGACACCAAAGAGAGAGCAAGAUGAUGUCGAAAGCAUUUUCACCAGAGACAUCCCAUCACCAGUGGAGGAGGAGAUGUCCUCGAAACUGGAGGAAGCUGUUGGUGGGCGUUUGACUAAGAAGAAGCGGAGGAAGCUUUUGAACGUGUUCAGGGGGUUCGCCGUUGAGAUGCUCCGCCAGUCCGCGGAGAGAGACAUCAAGAACAGGGCUAUCACACUUCCCUCGAAGUCUAGUCAGAUUGAAAAGUCCUCUGGGACUGCACGUUCCGCUCGAGCUCCGAGCGAGAAGCUACUGCGUACGGUUGCUGAUGAUAAACCGCACGAGAUGCUAGAAGGGAAGCAAGACGAGGUCUACCAUUUGAAUGAAGCAACGCAAAUCGGAGUGCCGCCAACGGAUCCGGUGAUGGCUUUGAGUUCUUUACAGUCAGUAGAGGUUACGGAGCCCCGCGGCAUUCCGUGGGAUUUCCAAGGCUUUGGUCUCGAAAUGGACUCGGAUAUUGCUUGCUGGUCGGCCUGGGAUGCAGUGUUUGCCAAUGACGACGGAGAUGCGUGGCUGAACGACAUACUGAGUACUGGGACUGCUUUGCCAGGAGGCCUCGCCCAAGCUCAAGGCAAGACAGUUGAGGUUGAGCCUAUGAAUGCUUAUGAUGGAGUUAGUACUAUCCCGACGCAGGUCCAACAUGUUGUAGGUCGGGAUGACGCAUCUUAGGAAGGCUUAAUAAUCAUUAAAUAACCGAUGGCAAGGAGUUCACGCUGCCCCUAUGACUAGCUUCCUACAUAUGUCUGAGAAUUCUGGAUAGGAAGCUGUCUCAAUUCUCCCAAAGCAUUCAUAUCUCCCGACAAUGACAAAGUGUCCAGGCAUGUGACUACUAUGGUCCGGCAGCAGUGACAUGACGUAGACGUACAUCUCAAGCACAUGCAUGACUGACGUUGCUUGGUGCAUCUCGUCCAACUGGCGGACAGCAUCCCCUAGUCUUCGACACCGCGACAGCCAACUAUUAGGCAGCAAUGAUCGAGAAUGCCUUGUGCAGCGAAAGAGAUUUGCGAAAUUUCGCAAAACAGCG